AUGGUCAUCACGGCGACCACCGCAGAGAUGCCGAAGAAGCGGCAGGCCUCCCGGGACCGAAUAGCACGGUGCAUUGCAUCUGUUGGCCUUUAUGUUCCAGGGGGUACUGCAGUCUUACCCUCAACUGCUUUGAUGCUCUCGGUGCCUCCACAGAUUGCCGGGUGCAAAACCAUUGUUCUAGCAACUCCGCCUGGUCGUGAUGGCAGUAUUUGCAAGGAAGUGUUAUAUUGUGCAAAGAAAGCUGGCGUCACCCACAUUCUAAAAGCUGGGGGAGCUCAGGCGAUCUCAGCGAUGGCUUGGGGAACAUCAUCUUGCCCAAAGGUUGAAAAAAUUUUUGGGCCAGGAAAUCAAUAUGUUACUGCUGCAAAAAUGAUUCUUCAGAAUAGUGAAGCCAUGGUUUCCAUUGAUAUGCCUGCUGGCCCUUCAGAGGUGCUGGUCAUCGCCGACAGACAUGCCAAUCCAGUUCACAUAGCUGCAGAUCUACUCUCUCAGGCAGAACAUGGUCCUGACAGUCAGGUAGUUCUUGUCAUUGCUGGAGAUGGUGUCAAUGUUGAUGCAAUUUUAGCUGAAGUGAGCAAACAAUGUGAUAGCCUUCCUAGGGGAGAAUUUGCUUCAAAAUCACUUGGUCAUAGCUUUGUUGUAUUUUGUUGUGACGGAAUAACAUCAAAGGGCGGUGGCAGAGAUCGUCGGCGGCUAGCUGUGGUAAUCGACCUCACCGCUUGGGCGUCGGGCUCGGUGAUCAUCGGCGACGGCGAGAGGCAAUGGAAGAUGAUCAAAUUACAAAUGUGUGGAAAUAAUGCUGAUGAAUUAGAAGUUGUUCUAGAUAUAGCUACAAACUGUAAAUGA